AUGGAAUCUGAGAUGAUGUUUCAGCCUGAGUCGGAUCAGAUGCCCCCAGCUGAACCUAAGUCUCCACCCCUGGACUUAAUCGACACGGGGAAAGGGCUGAAGGUUCAGACUGCUACACCUCAUCUGGUUAGCCUGGGCAGUGGGAGGCUGAGUGUGGCAAUCACCCUGUUGCCACUCAAAGAAGGGGUUACACGAAUAGGCAGAGAAGAUGCUCCAAUUCCUCAAGAUAUCACGAUCCAAGGGCCCGGCAUUGAGGCAGAGCACUGUCUUAUCAUAAAUGAGGGAGGAGUGGUGACCCUGGACCCCUGUGGUCACCUCUGCAGUCUGGACGGGGUUCAGGUCACUGUGCCUACACCGCUAACACAGGUCUCAUCAGGAUAUUCCCUUUGUCUGGGUAAGUCCUAUUUCUUCCGGUUCAACCAUCCCGAAGAGGCCAUCAGAAUGAAGAGCAUGCUUCCACAAAAGAGCCCAGUGUCAGCUUUAGCCUACAACACAGACUAUCUGAAGUUUAGCAGUGACUACAGUAAUGCAGUGGUGGGGGGCACCAGCAGCGCGAGGGGCAUGCGGUCGGCCUCCGAGCUACGGGACUUGAUGGACACCCUGCAGCGCAAGAAAAUUGCCCUGGAGAACAGCCUGAGAGCCAAUGGAAACGCUCACCCUUCCUACCUCAGUGUGACACAGUCUCCACCAACCACACCUGUCUCAAGCCCUGCCACGUCCUCAUCAGCCUACCAGGACCAGUCCAGGCGUUUCCACGGCUCCGAUCGUCCUCUCGCGUCCUUAAGAUCUGCGCCCCCGCUCUCCCCCGGCCGCCGAUCCGACCCGUCCUCCUCGUUUGCCGCCCGCCCCUCGGCCGGCCGCAGUCAGGACGGCUUCGGCGACGGCCGGCGGCAGCACAACCCGGGCUCCACCCCUCUGCUGUCCGCCUGGAACGGCGGGGGCUCGUCCACUUCCGUCGCCGGCAGCGACAGCUACCUGCUCUCCCUCCCUCCCCCCUCCUCGUCCUCCCGCGCCCCGUCAGCGGGGGGCGCGGUCAGCAUGCCGUCCAGCCCUCGCCUGGGCCGCCGCACCUACGCCACCCAGGAACCGGCGCCCAGCAGUCGGACCAGGAAGUACUCCACCGGCUCACUCAACAGCACGAUGACGGGGGGGCACAGCCGCUCGCUCCCACGCCUCUGCCCCUCCCCGUCCCCCCGGGCCGACAGCAACGGGGCCCUGACCUUGUCGAUGCUUCCACCACGACGUUCGGACGUGGCCGGGGGUUACAAAUACGGCAAAGAUGCUUACAGCCAUAUUCAGAGCACAGGCCCCGAACUCAACCACAACUCCAGUAACUCCUGCCAGCAAGGCUCUAACAAGAAUCAGGGGGAGGGCGUCGUGUCUAUUUCCCUUUCCGCCCCUAAGAACCCCUGCCCAACAACUUCCCCCAUCGACUCAGCUGCCCCGCCAGAUGUGACCAUCCCAUCCAAAGCCGGAGGCUCCUCUUCUCCUCGCAUCGCCAAAAAGCUCAGCCUCACCUCCACCAGCUCGGUGGGCUCCGUCAGCUCCACCAGCUCCAGCCCCCCGGAGGCAGAACGCCCGGCCAGCCAGGGGCUCUCUCCAGGACUAGAUGUUUCUCUGGCCGAAAGGGAACGGCGAGUUGGAGGACUGGAACUCAACUUUGCCCCGGGGCUGGGAGCCGGAGAGAGGAGGGCUUCGUUCGGGAAGGCAGGACUGGAGCCUGGACUGGGUCUCGGGGAGAGGAAGCAGUCGUUUGGAAAAGCAGGUGUGACUCCCCCGGGGGGAUUUAGGGAGAGGAGGGGGAGCAUCAGCUCACUGAGUGGGAAGGAAGAGCUGACCGACUACCACCAACGGCAGAAGGAGGAGAGACUUCGCGAGCAGGAGGUUGAAAGACUGGAGAGGCAGCGGCUAGAAACCAUCUUAUCUCUUUGCUCCGAGCUGGGACGCAGUGGAAGGGACGGAGGUGGACCGGCUCAGAGCUCCACCUCAGCUGUCGCAGACCUUCAGAAGAUCAACCAGGAGCUCGAGAAGCUCCAGCUGAACGACGAGGACGACGACGACGCGCCGUCUGUGUUUUCAGACUCGUCGGCUGUCAAUGGGACAACAGGGAACGGUCACUUGACCUCCCCUGGAUCAGAGAACGGCUACUACGAUGAUGAUCUACAGGCUAGACAGAGACGCAGCAGCGGUCACAGAGACUACAGGGCCGAGUCGCCCGCGGUCAGCCUGCGGGGCUUUGCCCCCUCGCCGUCUCCACGCUUGCAGCGGACAAAUGAGGCCCUGGAAGAUGUCCGCUGCCGAGGGCAUGACUCGAUGGCGUCGGAGGAGGAAGUGAGGCGCGUAGAGGAGGAGAGGAUUCAGGUGCUGAACAACAUGGAAGAGCUGGAGCAAAAAAUUAAAGAGCUGGACAACCAAAUCGAGGAAUCUGCAAGAGAGGUGGAGGUUGAGCGUGCUCUGGUUGAGGCAGAGCAGGAGUCAGAGGUAGCUGCUCUCCAGCGGGAAAAGGAUGCUUUGGAAGCUCUUCACAACAAAAUGGAGGACCUCGAAACCAAAUCCCAACAGGAAAAAGAAAAGGCAUGUGAGCUGCUGCAGGCAGAAAGGGGCAGAGUAGAGAGGUUGGCUCAGAUUGUGUGUGAGCAGCGCUCCCAGCUGGACAGUUGCCCUGAAGCCACCAAGGAGCCCCUGCAGGAGCAGCUAGCCAGGGACUGUGAGAUGCUUGAGACAGAGACAAAGCGUUUCGAGGACCUGGAGUUCCAGCAGCUCGAGAGGGAGAGCAGACAGGACGAGGACAAGGAAACCCAUACGCAGCAGCUCCUCAGGGAGAUCGCAGACUACCAGCGCAGCACCGUCACUCGCAAAGAGCGGCUGUUGACGCUGAAGAAGCAGGCAGCGCAAAUUACCCAGCAGGCUCAGCGGGAGAAGGAGAGCUUUUUGAAGGAGAAAAGCAACCUCGAAUCAAUGCUGCAAAGGGAGAAGGAAAGCCUUGCCUCACUGGAACGAAAAUACUCCGACCUCACCGGCGGCCGAAGUUUCACCUUAAGGGAGGGCUAUGUCACAGUCAGUGAAAUCAAUGAGCUUUACUCACAGCUUGGGCAGAACCCUAAACCCGCCUCUGCCCCCCCUCUGGGCAAAGCUUCUCCCAAGGCGGGGGUAAACCUUUCCCCCGAAGACGACACCUCGAAGCCCACGGCGGAUGAGCAUUUCCGAUUGCUUGAGGAAAGGAGAAGGUCAGAGAAAGAUGGCGGCUCACAUCUGAGCGACACUUUACCCCGGAAGAAAACCCCCCCCUCCCUGAACCCCCAGUUCUCGUUCGCCACGCUCGGACGAAGCUUCCCCUCCAAGUGCCACCAGCCUCUGGUACAGAGCACAAGCUGUGGCAGCAUCCUUCCGAGAAUUCUCUCCCUGUCCAGUAAGGAAAGUGAAUCCCGGCGUCUUCACAAAGAUCAGCAGGGCUCCCGGGCAGCCUCCCAGACUAAUGUCUACCUCGACACCUUCGGGUACCGUGACAACCAGGCUUUUGACACCCUGAGCGUGGAUAGCAGCGACUCCAUCGAAACCAGCAUAUCCGCCUGCUCACCGGACAACGUCUCCAGUGCCAGCACAUCAAACAUGGCCAAGCUGGAGGAGAUGGAGCGCCUGCUGAAAGAGGCACAGGCCGAGAAGAGCCGCCUCCUGGAAUACAAGGAUCGAGAAGUGGAAAUCCGAAUGCAAGCCCUGGAUGAGGAGCGGAGACGGAGGGAGGAUUUAGAGAAAAGGUUACAGGAGGAGACGAGCAGACGCCAGAAGCUCAUCGACCGUGAGGUGAAGAUGAGGGAAAAGCAAAGGGCGCAGUCCCGCCCGCUGACCCGGUACCUGCCGGUGAGAAAGGACGACUUCGACCUGCGGGCCCACAUCGAGUCGGCGGGCCACAGCACGGACACGUGCUUCCACCUGUCCAUCUCGGACAAGACCUGCCGGGGCUACCUGAUCAAGAUGGGCGGCAAGAUCAAAACCUGGAAGAAGCGCUGGUUCGUCUUCGACCGCAACCGGCGCACGCUCUCCUACUACGCAGACAAGCACGAGGCCAAGUUAAAAGGAGUGAUCUAUUUCCAAGCUAUAGAAGAAGUGUAUUACGACCACUUGAAGAACGCACAUAAGAGUCCGAACCCCUCCCUCACCUUCAGCGUGAAGACUCACGACAGAGUCUACUACAUGGUCGCUCCCUCUCCGGAGGCGAUGAGGAUCUGGAUGGAUGUGAUCGUCACGGGGGCCGAAGGAUACACCCAGUUCAUGGUGUAGUGACAAGUGACGACAAAACCUCCAGCCCAUGCGCUCUCUCCAUAUGAGAGCUAUGUGUCUGCCUCUCAAAUAACCCGCGUGGAUAGAAUUUUGACCCUGUGUUGUUGAGAUAAACCAUCAACACAACGUCAACAUCAACUGAAAGAUGGCUGGUUUACAUUCGUAUGGAGCGUUUAUGUGGUAGUGUGGACGCACGGGAUGAAAAUUCUUUCUGUUCAUAUACAAUUUUUAGCUUAUUCUAACAGCAAUAAUCAAAUGAAGGAGAUCGGAGAUGCGAGGUGCCGGGACACUGCCUUAGAAAUAAAUCCAGGAGUGCCUCAGAUUUUUACUUAAGCAUUACGGAUCCGCGUUCAAGUUAGAGUUCUGCAAACACAACCAGACUUUUAUUUUUUUGUGUAAAAACUCACGUUUAAUCAAUUUUUGAGUGUUUUUCAUGGAUUAAACAAACGCUAUGAUUGAUUUAGGUUGUUAAGCAAUUCUGGAUCUAUUUUCCUUAUUUUUUUGUAAUCACAGUUUAACUUUGUGUAUCGUUACUGUGGCAUUCUCAGGUCCACGCUGCAUGCGUGGUGCGUCUUAUCACGUCGCCGUGUUAGAUAUAAAAGUGCCUGCAUGCCCCACGCACAUGCCUGAUAAGUGUGUGCUCAUGAUAUAGCUCCAAGGUGCUAGAGUUAUGUAAUAUAUCAAGACACACCCUUUCCAUAGACUUUUUAAACAGCAGUGUUAUCACACACCUGGAUGGAUGGGUGUUAGUUACUGACUAUUUUGCUGUCUUUUAAAAAAUGACGAGUGCUGAAUUUACAAAAGCAAAGAAAAAUAAGACUUUUUCCUUUUUUUAUUUUUUGAUGGAGCAUGAGAGGCAUACAUUUUUAUUUAAAGAUGUACAACAUUUUUAGAUAUUUAAUGCCAGCUAAGAUCCACUAUUAGCUAAACUGCAUAUGGACUUGGACGAUUUUUAGCCAUUUAGAAUGUUUUAUUUGUUCAUCUUUUGGACAAGGAGUCCAAAAUUGGUACAUUUCAUUGUCUGGUGACUGUUUGUUGUGCGGCACGGUAAAUAGUUGUGUUACACAAAACAGACAUGUUGCUUCAAAUUACGAUUCCACUACAAUUUCUAAAGCUGCUUGUAUUUAUAUAUGAUUCUCCAUCUUAUGUUAAAGUCUACGAUGUUACUUGUUAUGUAAUGGUUCACUGCAUUUCUGACAUCUCCUCCUUGAUUCUUGUCAUCUUGUUGACCAAAACAAUUAUCCAAGUGAUUUGAUGUACAUGAUUUGUUUUUUUUUUGUCAAUUUCUUUUUUGUUUCUGUAACAAUAAGAUCAAAAGUAUAUAUAUACACAAAUACAAAGUCCUCUUUUUACCAACUAAUGGAUCUGUUACUAGUCGUUUCCCAGAGAUUCCUUUAUCUUAUAGUAUUCUUUUUUUUUUCUCCCAUCAUUGACCUUUUAAGCGUAUCAGACUGUAUUUAUGUCACAAUCAGUGCAUGUAUGUUAAUUUUGUAUUUUCAUAUAAAUAAUAAAUGAUAUAUCUUACUUGUCUGUG